AUGGAAGAGUUCCUCAAAUUCCCUCCCAGACUUGCUCCGCACCCAGUCGCUCCGUCUUAUACGCAGCGUGAUCGUCCCUUAUCUUACCAGCCUUGCCUACACGAAGUCAACACGGCACCAUUCAAUAACUACGGGUAUCCAGAGCCAGGCAUUCAAGCUCCCACCGCUAAGCAAGUCAUUGCGAAAGACUUCUUAAUGUCAGACGAGACAUGGGAGGACCUUUGCAGACGAGGUGACGUAGACUUCAUUGUUAUUGGCUCAGGCUUCACCGCGCUUGCAUUUAUUGAACAGACAUUAAAGCAAGAUCCGUUCAAGAGGAUUGUCUGUCUGGAACGUGGAGACUUUUGGCUUCCGGAUCACUUUCAGAACCUUCCGCUUCCAUUCAAGUACACGCUCGGUGGUCCCAGCGAAACAUUCCCCUUCAUGCUAUUGCGGGACACCUUCCAAAGCGAUGUCAAAUUUGUCCACGGUUCGACACCGUUCUUUGGAGGACGCUCUACAUUUUGGUCUGCCUGGUCCCUGCGCCCAACCCCUGAGCUAAUGAGGAAUUGGCCCGAUUCCAUGGUCAACACGUCAAAAGAGCCAGCGUUCUGGGACAGAUGCAAUAAACUCCUUCGUGUGACUGGUGCAGAUGAGAUUGGAGAACCGUACGGAACUUUGCAGUCGCAAAUCAACGACCAUAUGGAAAGGGGACUAGACAAGAUGCGGACUGCAGAUGAAGCCUAUCCUGCACCUUUGGCUGUAUCGUCCAUGGCAAAGACAUCGACAAUACGGUUCACCAAGUUUUCGACUCCUGGCCCUCUGUUGAGCUUGUACAAGAAACAGCAACAGCUCGCCAAAGAAGGAAAGGGGGCCCCUCUCCUGUUCGCAACGGAUACUUCUGUGGAAUAUCUAAUGACCAGUGUUGGGUUUCCUCCGCCUCCUCCUGCUGGCGACGAUGUCUCUGUUGUCGCCAUCCGCUCUUCUCGCUCCACCGAUUUGCCUGUGAAGCAGGAAACCCAGGUCAUUCUCUGUGCCGGGGCAUUUCCCAGUACAACAUUGAUACUGAACAGUUUCCCGGACAAUGUGGAACUUCAACGUACCGCAGGUCGGACUAUGACUGGUCACUUCUUAAGCCACAUCGUAGCUCGGGUCCCCCGAAGCUUGUUCAGGCACCUCAAUCCCGAUAGCCUCGAGAUUGCAGCUGAGUAUGUCGCCGGCAGGCACCCCGAUAAUCACCUUCAAUACCACAUCCAAAUCACCGCAAUCUCAUCUCCCGACCCCAACCAGGAUGCUGAGGACGCUGCUCGGUUCUGUCCAGACUAUGCAGCUGCUGCAAGCAAGGAGCAACUCAGAGGAUCUGAGGACUACGUAAUAUUUGUUUGCGCAACGCUAGGAGAACUGAGCGAAGACAAUGAGUCGUCUUUCUUCAGGCUCAACAAGCUCAACACCAACAAGGAUCCCACUGCCAAUUGUGUCCUCCAAGUCCUCCUCACUCAGAAAGAUAGGGAUCUGUGGGAUGUGAUGGACAACGCUACCUUCAAGGCGAUUGAGGUGCUGGCUGGUGAACGGCACACAGACGACAUUGAGUGGUGGCACGAACCCAAGGGAGCCGGUAGUGGUGAGUGGAAGGCGUACAGGCCUGGUAACGAUACAAUCAGGAUGGACGGCAUCGUGCACGAAGCAUCAUUGCUACCUCUAGGUGAUGGGGAGGACGCUUGCGUUGAUAACAAUUACAAGCUGAAGGGAGUGAAUAAUGUGUAUCUGACUGGGGGAGCAUUGUUCCCUACCGCUGGCUCUUGGAACCCCACAUUGACGAUGUGCGGCUUUGCACAAGACCUCGCUAUAAAGCUGACACCCAAAGAAAAUCGAGCGAGGUAG